AAAAAAAUCUGAAGAGCUGGAGCCCCCGAUAGCCGUCCGCUGUCGCUGGGUCGUUCGAUUAGCGACGUGGUGAACUUAUGUACAUAUGUAAGCGUAUUUAUGUAUAUAUAUACAAUAUAUUCGGCAGCAACAACAGAGACAGAAAUUCGUGCAAAAUUCGUGAAAUCUGCUGAAAUGCCACCAGCCACAGCAGCGUAAGACAAAGCCAUGGCUCAACUGGAGAAUGUGGGCCAAGGUCAGCAUGCCGCUGUCGGGCCACUGCUUGCCUCCGCCAUGCUGCUCGUGGGCCUACUCUUCGCCCUGCUCGGCAUCAAGAUCUGGGGCUUUCGGCGUCGCCUGACCUUCGAUCGCAGUUCGUCCGGCUCGUCUAGAUCAUCCGCGGCACAGCCACAACAGCCGCCGCCCCGCUAUGCUGCCCAGGAGUCACAGGUAAACGGCACAGACAAUGCAGUGCAUGGCGUGUUCCGGCAGCGCAAUCUCGAGGAAUUCGAAAGCUCAUGGCCUUCAACGACGGCUUCAGCGGGCAACAGCUACUUGACGGGCAGUGUGCCGAACCUUCGAAUGUACUCCCCAGUCACGCCCCGGGAGCGCAGCUUGGGAGAGGCCGGCGAUGUGUCGUAUCGCGCACCGCCCCAAGCACAGCGUCGUCGCCGCAAGGAGGUGCACAGUGCCCACUCUGACUGCUAUGCGGCGCCACCCACUCGCAUGCCACCUUCUCCACCCACAGAGGCGCUGCCACCAGCCACCGACGCGAUGCCAGCGAGAGAUCUAGCAGUCGCUGUGGCUCCUGAGGCGCCUAGCGAACUGGGAAUGCCCAACUUUGAUCACUUUGCGGAGAAAUACGCGCUCAUUAGCGUACAGCCCACGGCGGAUGCGGCCAGCACAACGCAGCUGAGGAGCAAGGACAGUGGGCGCUAUGUCAAGUUCGAGCCGGUCGAUGAUGUGCCAGAGCUGCUGACCCCCGACGAGGAGCAAGGUGCCGCCUCCUCUCUCUCUGUGACUGCUGUGGUGCACCGCGGGGCGCCAUCCAACGAUGAGCACGAAUCAGAAGUGGCGCCCAGUAGUCAGGGAGCCGUCGAUCAGUCCGUGGACUCGGCAUUCGUUGUGGCAGUCAUAGCAGGCAGUCCGGAGACGACAAGCCCACCGCAGGCCCCGAUGGCACGUAGCCUUUUCGACGAUUUGGAAUUGCCGAAUGGCGAGCAGGAUCCGGAGUUUGUGCGCAUCCGUUCCUCCUUUGUGAUGAACGAGGCAGACAUCUUGGACUUGGAUCCGCGGCAGCUGCCAGCGGCAGGCAGUCCGCCUGGCUUUGGCAAGAGCAUCGACGAGGACUGGGAGAACUGGAUGAACCUCGAUGCCGUCGCUGAAGUGCCCGAGCCCAACUGGGCGUUGCAUCCCAGCGCCCUGGAGCAGCUGCCCCCGGUGGAGACCACACUCAGCGAAGCCACUCUGUCGCUGCACAACGUGGAGCAGCUGCCCCCAGUGGAGACUACUCUGAGCGAAGCGACUCUGUCGCUGGACAACGUGCAGCAGGCAGAGGGACUAUUCAAUCAGUUGGAGCCAAUGGAACCAGCUCCGACAAGGCAUGCGGAGUCCCCACCAGCUCUGCCCUGUGCAGAUCCCCCGCCCUACGACCCGGGCACACUCUAUCUGCCUGACUACGAGUCCCUGAUGCAGCUGGAGAACACGCGGGCCAGCCAAACCCUGCCCAAAUACACCGAAGUCGUGAGCAGCAUAGAGGAUCUGUAUGCCGAACUGGAACCGAACGGAGGCUCAGGCACAGGGCCGACAAAUGGAAUUGACAAUUUCGAGGAUCUGUGCCAGGAAAUGGCUGUGGCCGAGACACCGCGACCAGCUCCUCAGCCUACUCCGCGCUCUACCAAGACUAGCACACUCAAUGUACGUGGCGAUGCGGCUCCCCUGGCUUUCUACCAACCCGAAGAGCUGCCCGGCUCCAGUUCCAGCGAUGGCGAGGCGCAGAAUGAAGCCCCCCGUUCGGCACCGAAGCCUGCACAGCGCAAUCCACGCACGCGCAAGGUCCGCUUCGAUGUGGAUAACUUGCAGUACUACCAGUCCGCCGAUGUGGUCACAUCGUCGAGUGCAGAGUCUGAGGAGGAUAACCCUCCUCCUCCGCCACCUCGACCCAUGCUGCGCUCAACCAUAUUCGAGCCAGAGGCGGGCCACAACAUUGUGCCCAGCCUGUUCGGUGCCCAGGUAAUGCAGGGCGACAGCAGCGACGAUGAUGAAGCCUUCGGCCGAGCCAUCAGCCAGCACCGCUCCAUGACAGCAGCACUGCGCACAAUGCAUAACGAUACGGAUGCCUAGGAUCCCGCCCCCGAUCUCUAGUUGCUUGUGCAGCCCGUGCCUCAAUUUCCUUAGAAAAUACAGUAUUUUAUGUGUAACUGACUGGCUCUGGCACUGGCACUGGCUAUGAUCCAAUUACGAGUACGAGUACAUACAUACAUUUCAAAGAUAAGUUGCCAUAUAAUGUUGACUACACGCGUAUAUUAGAAUAAUAAUUAUAAUAAUAAACACAACGAGUAUAGCAGGAAAGCCUUGGCAGAUAACAACAAACGACAAAAGAGCGUCUCUGGGCAUUUAUACAAGAUAAGCAAAUGUUUUGAAGCCGAAUUGGAAUCAAUUUCUCAAUGUCUAGAUAAAGAGUCUGAUAGAUGAACGUCCGUUAUUCGAUAGAGCAUAAAGAUAAUAUGCGAACAAAAAUCAAUAAAGAAAACCAGGAAGAAAACAAGA